GGGGUCUCCUGACUCUAUAGUUACAUCACUGGCAACAUUGUCAAUCAUUAACAACUAUUCUAAUUGGGAAAAGUUAUUCAACUCUGCAUAAAGUUUCAGGACAGAAGAGAACAACAGAAGAGAGAAAACAUGAGUGUGUAUAAAUUCUGCCUUCUCCUGCUUUGCCAUUGCUUUUGCUUUGCACAAGAGCAAGGACAGAGCUGUGGGCCUUCCCCUAUGGUACAGUUUGGGGACACACUAGUACCCAGAGAAGCUACCAAUAAACAUGGCACAGUGAUGACUUAUAGGUGUCCAGAAUAUUAUGUACUUGAAGGAAACAAAGAGGUCAUGUGUAGGAAUGGAAAAUGGGAUGAUCCACCAAUAUGUAUAGAGCCCUGUACUGCUUUAGAAAGAGAACUGAAAGCUAACAAUAUUCGACUGAAAUGGAUAAGUGAUAAAAAGCUGUACAGCCGCCAUAAUGAGUGGAUGGAAUUUGCUUGUUUAGAUGGCUAUGAAAUAUCUGAUGAGAAAUUGUUAAGAAAACAGUGCAUUAGAAGUGUCAUUUCCUAUCCUAAGUGUACUAAAAUAGGACAAGGGCAGAGCUGUGGACCUCCCCCUGUGAUACAGUUUGGGGACACACUAGAAACCAGAGAGCCUACCAAUAAGCAUGGCACAGUGAUGACUUAUAAGUGUCCAGACUAUUACAUACUUGAAGGAAGCAAAAAGGUUGUAUGCAGAAAUGGAAAAUGGGAUGAUCCACCAAUAUGUAUAGAGCCCUGUACUGCAUUAGAAAGAGACAUGACAGCAAACAAUAUUCAAUUGAAAUGGAUGCCUGGUAAAAAACUGUACAUCCGCCAUAAUGAGUGGAUUGGAUUUGUAUGCUUGAAUGGCUAUGAAAUAUCUGAUGAGAAGUUGUUAAGAAUACAGUGCAACAGAAGUGUCCUUCCCUAUCCUAAGUGUACUAAAAUAGGGUCUUGUUUAUUAUCACUUACGACUAUGGAUGAAAAUAAUAUAUUUGUAAAUGGAAGCACUGAAAUUGAAGAUGGUAAAACAGUUACUUUUCUGUGUAAAGAAGGAUGGAUUCCAAAAGAUACACUGACUCGAGAAUGCAUUAAAAGAGAAAUAAAGUAUCCAAACUGUAGCAAUGCUGGUAACUGCACUUCUCCAGUUACAAUAACAAAUGGCAACAUUAUAAUUGUACCACAAGAUGGCAAAAGCUUCUCUUCGGGUACCUCUUUGAAAGUGGAGUGCAGUGAGGGAUAUGCACCAGGUGGACGCCCUUUCAUUACAUGUGAUAACUCUACUUGGAUAAAUGUACCAAGAUGUGUUAGACAAUGCCUAGUUUCCCUACAAGAGCUUGAAACUUAUAAUUUAAAAUUGGAAUCAGCUACUGAUCUAGAUGGAAUUUAUAUACUUGGUGACACAUUAAAUAUUCAAUGCAAGCCUGGGUAUAGCUCUGAACAAAAUGCUCCUUUGAUGGGAAUCUGUACAAAUGGGAACUUUAAGUAUCCACAGUGUUCUACAGGAAGUUCAUGUACAAUAUCCAUAAACGAUCUUGGAGAAAAUAAAUUAGAAUUACUCCGACCUAUUGGUGCAAAUAAAAAAUAUCCACAUGGCACUCAAUUCCAUUUUAAAUGUGAAAGUAAUUAUGUUUUGCCGCCACAAAAACUGCGUACCGCCAUAUGUGAUAAUGGAAAUAUUGAUUAUCCAAGAUGUUACUCUUUAAACAGUUGCCGAAUAUUUCAAGAACAACUGGAUGAAAAUGAGUUGGAACUUGAUUCAAAGGAUGAAGAUUUGGUUUAUUUUGAAGAUGGUGAACUUAUCAAAUUUAAAUGUAAAGCUGGUUUGAUUUCUACUACUGGCACUGUGGGACUCUGUGCAAAAAAACGAAUAACCUAUCCAAGAUGCACUGAACCACGUUCAUGUACUAUCUCCAUAAAUGAUGUUAAAGAAAAUAAUAUAGAAUUGCUCCGACCCAAGGAUACAAAUAAGGAAUAUACACAUGGCACACAAUUCCACUUUAAAUGCAAGACUAGCUAUGUUUUGCCUCCACAAAAACAGCUUAACGCCAUAUGUGAUAAUGGAAAUGUUAACUAUCCAAGGUGUUAUUCUUUAAACCGUUGCCGAAUAUCUCAAGAAGAACUGGAUGAAAAUGAGUUGGAACUUGAUUCAAAGGAUGAAGAUUCAGUCUAUUUUGAAGAUGGUGAACUUAUCCACUUUAAAUGUAAAGCUGGUUUCACAGGCACUACUGGCACUGUGGGACUGUGCGCAAAUACACAAAUUACCUAUCCAAGAUGCACUGAAUCAUAGGAAUUGUCGAAGAAAAGAACACGUGCCUGAUUUCUAGGUCAGGCCUAUUAAGGGCCUAUUCCAAACACAGACCAUACAGACAGUGGCAACUGGACAUGAAAUCAAUUCUGCAGGACACGACUGAACCAUGAUCCUUACUGAGGCUCUGCAACAUAUGGAUACAUUGUGACAUUCUGUCUUUUCUUAAUUUGCUGUUUCACAGAGUGAUAUUCUUUGCAAAAUAGCUCCAGUAGCCUUUAUGUUUAAUGAGGAUUUAAUAUUUAUCGCAAAUUUUAAUGCACAAAUGGUGAUGGUAGUAAACGACAUCAAUACUUGCAUCUGAACUGUGUACUUUUCUUUAUCUGUAUUUUAUGUUUAAUUAAAAUGGAAUGGCAGAAACAUGACCCUUGGGGACAAACUGUAAUUAAAUGUGGGGAGUUGAAACAUU